AUGAGACUCUCUAGCGUAGCAAUUGCCCUCUCAGUAUUCAUUGUUCCUGCAUUCUCAGCCAGUCCAUCGCCAGAUGAAUUGAAAAUAGAUAUUCUCAAAGCUGUGAAAUGUACACGUAAAACACAACCAGGUGACUCAAUAAGUGUCCAUUACAAAGGGACUUUUGAGGAUGGCGAAAAGUUUGAUAGCUCAUGGGAUAGAGGUACACCAUUGACCUUUAAAGUUGGCCAAGGACAAGUUAUCCGCUGUUGGGAUGAAGGGUUAUUAGAGAUGUGUAUCGGUGAAAAACGUAAACUCUGGUGUCAUUCAAAUGUUGCUUAUGGCGAACAUGGAAUUGGGCCAAUACCUGGUGGAGCUGCAUUGAUUUUUGAGACUGAAUUGGUUGAUAUUGCUGGAGUAGAAAAAGAGGAAGAGCAGAAGGAGGAGGAGGAAGAAGAAGAGAAGGAGCAGGAGGAGGAAGAGAAGGAGCAGGAGGAGGAAGAGCAAAAGGAGGAAGAGCAAAAGGAGGAAGAGCAAAAGGAGGAAGAGCAUAAAGAAGAAGAAGUUGUUGUUGAAAAGGAUGAAUUGUAA